AUGGAUCCUUCGAGCAGAGCAUAUGCCGAGGCCCUGGACCAGAAAGACGCGCUAAGGCACACACGGGACGAAUUCGUUAUCCCGACCAAGCAAGAGAUCACCAGCAAAACUCUCGCCAAGAAAGAAGAUGACGUCUCUACCGCCUCAAGCGCUGGCCAGCAAAAAUGCACCUACUUAUGCGGAAACUCCCUCGGCUUGCAACCCAAGCGCACCGCCGUGAGGAUACAGCAGUACCUGUCCACCUGGGCCACGCAGGGCGUACAGGGCCACCACAAGCCUCUUGAGGACUCCCCGUUGCCGACAUGGCUCAACGUAGACGCCAAGGCGGCCAAGUUGAUUGCCCCCAUUGUCGGCGCCGACGAGUCAGAGGUCGCCGUCAUGCAGACUCUGACGGCGAACCUCCAUUUUCUCAUGGCCGCCUUCUACAAGCCGCAGAAGGAAGGCAGGCAUAAGAUCAUCUUGGAGAGCAAGGCCUUUCCGAGUGACCAUUUCGUCGUGGAGACCCAAAUCAGGCACCACGGCCUCUCACCUUCAGAGUCGAUGGUCUGCAUCGAGCCCCCUUCCUCUACGGAACCAAUUCUCACCACUCAGCACAUCCUCUCGACCAUCGAGCAUCACGCCUCGGACACCGCUGUCCUCCUCCUCCCGGGGAUCCAGUACUACACGGGUCAGCUACUCGAUAUCCCUACCAUCACCGCUUUCGCCCACAAACACUCCAUCCUCGUCAUCUGGGACCUCGCCCACGCCGUCGGGAACGUGCCCCUGAAACUGCACGAGUGGGACGUCGACGCCGCUGCGUGGUGCACGUACAAGUACCUCAACGGUGGGCCGGGCUGCAUCGGCGGCUCGUUCGUCCACUCGAGACACACCGCCGUUACGACGUCUGUCCAAGACCCGGACUCCGAAAGUGGGUAUGUGAACCGGCUCGCCGGGUGGUGGGGCAACGACAAGUCGUCCCGCUUCGCCAUGGAGACAAAGUUCCACCCGGUGCCGGGGGCCGCCGGCUUUCAGCUGAGCAACCCGAGCGUGCUGGACAUCACGUCACUGUGCGCCUCGCUCGAGGUGUUCGAGCUGGCCGGCGGCGUCGGCGCACUGCGGGAGAAGUCGCUGCGGCUGACGGGGUACCUGGAGGAGCUGCUGGGCGCCAUGCCGGAGCAGGAAAGGACGCUCUUCCGCGUCAUCACCCCGAGGCGGCCGGAGGAGCGGGGAGCGCAGCUGAGCCUGAUGCUCGCUGAAGGGCUGCUCGAUGGCGUGAUGGAGUUCUUCGACGAGGUCGGCGUGGUCAUCGACGAAAGGAGGCCGAACGUCGUUCGGGUCGCGCCGGCGCCGUUGUACAAUACAUUCGCGGACUGCUUUGAUUUUGUGGAACAGCUUGGCAAAGCGUUGCAGAGGACGAUCAAGAAUACAUAG